CAUAGACUACGGAAUUCUUGAAUCAUCAUCAACUACUAUACUCAUAAUUGAAAGAAAGAUAUUUUGGGGGGCGGGCAUGGAAGCUAUAGAGGAUAUGAGGAACAAAAGGGUAGUGGUGGCAGUUGACGAAGGAGAAGAGAGUAUGGAGGCGCUGUCGUGGUGUCUCACCAACCUCCUUACCCAAUUUACUUGCGCCACCAGCCUUCUUCUCCUCUAUGUCAAACCCCCGCCGCCUGUCUACUCUACACUAGAUCCUACAGGAUACUUUUUUGCUGGGGAUGAUGCCAUUGCAGACAUGAAGAAAUACGGAAGUGAGCUGGCAAACUCAGUCAUGAACAAAGCAGAAUCAAUCUGCAGAAAAUUCAAUACCAGUAUAAAAGUGGAAAAGAAAGUAGGGUGUGGAGAAGCAAAGGAUGUGAUAUGCGCAGCAGUGGAGAAUCUUAAAGCAGACAUCCUGGUGAUGGGAAACCACGACUAUGGCUUCUUCAAAAGGGCUUUGGUGGGAAGUGUGAGUGAAUACUGUGCCAAGCAUGUCAAGUGUCCAGUGGUGGUUGUCAAGACCCCAAAGACGAUCAUCUCAUCAAGAUAACGCCGCCGCAGAUGACUCAUCAGCCAAUUAACAUAUAUCAUCACGCCGUACUGUACUAUACGUAGUGUGUGUUAAAUUACUUAGUUCACACUUCAUUUAUAUACAUACAGUACCACGCACGUACGCACUAUAUGAACUAUGAUCUUAAUUAAUUAUAUUGUAUUGCUUCUUCUUCCA